UAACAAGUCAAGCCCAUUAAACAUUUUUCAGCCCAAGAGGAGUUUUCUAGGGUUUUGUCUUAUAAGAUGUCGCAUUUAGGUCAUUCCGCCUCUCGUCUUCUCGUCACUCUCAAUCUCACAGGCAAAGCCUCUCGUUGCUAGAGGAAUCAAACAAUGGUGUUUGUGAAGUCCUCCAAGUCGAAUGCUUACUUCAAGAGGUACCAAGUUAAGUUCAGGAGAAGAAGAGAUGGGAAGACUGAUUACAGGGCAAGGAUCCGUCUUAUCAAUCAAGACAAGAACAAGUACAAUACACCUAACUUCUGCUUACGCACAUGAGUUGCCUCAGUAUGGUCUCACUGUUGGUCUUACAAACUAUGCUGCAGCUUACUGUACUGGCCUUCUUUUGGCUCGCCGUGUUCUGAAGAUGUUGGAAAUGGAUGACGAGUAUGAGGGCAACGUAGAGGCCACUGGAGAGGACUUUUCCAUUGAGCCAACUGAGUCAAGGAGGCCUUUCCGUGCUCUUCUUGAUGUCGGACUUAUCAGGACCACAACAGGAAACCGAGUGUUCGGUGCCCUUAAGGGUGCUUUGGAUGGAGGUCUUGAUAUCCCUCACAGUGACAAGAGAUUUGCUGGGUUCAACAAGGAGAACAAGCAACUUGAUGCUGAAAUCCACAGGAACUACAUCUAUGGUGGCCAUGUUUCAAACUACAUGAAGCUGUUGGGAGAAGAUGAACCAGAGAAGCUACAAACUCACUUCAGUGCAUACAUCAAGAAAGGAGUUGAAGCUGAGAGCAUCGAAGAGUUGUACAAGAAGGUUCACGCAGCUAUUCGCGCAGACCCCAACCCUAAGAAAACCGAGAAACCUGCCCCCAAGCAACACAAGAGGUACAACUUGAAGAAACUGACUUACGAGGAGAGGAAGAACAAGUUAAUCGAGAGAGUCAAGGCAUUGAAUGGAGCUGGUGGUGAUGAUGAUGAUGAGGAUGAUGAAGAGUAAAUCAGUCAAGCCUUCUAUAUCUUAUGCCUCUUGUAGCUUUUUAUCUUUUGAGCUUAAUGCCUCAAAUUUUCUGUUUUCAGACUAAAACACUUUGCUUUUG